CGCCGUGCAGUGAAAACCUCGGGGGCACGAGUGGAGCGGGGGUACCUUCGCUCAGCUUCGGGCAGAAAUUCCCAGGCCACGGCAGGGAGCACCAGGGGACUGAUGUUUUUUUCCCCAGUUCUGCUUUUCCGCGCUGGACGGGGCCGGGCGCUCUUGGCAGUGAAGCGUGGUCCAGCUUUGAUCCCGCGGCGCUCCAAGAGGGGACCCCAGGACCCUCCUCCUCCUCCCCAGCCCAAACUUCCUCGCCCUUGAAGUUGUGGCAGGUCACUGGAGCAAAGCAGGACACCGUGAUGCACCUGGAGCCCCCACAUUCCUGAACCCUCCAAAAACGCCCCCAAACCCCAGAAUGAGGCUGUUCCGCCGCCGCUACAGCGCCUUGAAGGUGGCCUUGGCGGGCGCCGUCUUUGUCCUCUUCCUCUUCAUCCUCCAGAAGGACGUGGGUGGCAAGGAGCCGGGCGAGGAGCCGUGGCUGCGGAACAUCGUGCAGGGCAAGGGCCAGGUGCUGGACCUGAUGCUGGGCGCCGUGCGGGACCUGCGGGACUCGAUGCCGCGGCUGCAGAUCGGGGCCCCGGAGCCGCCGCCGGAGCCGCUGCCCAGCGGCCGCUCCUGCCUGCCCGGCGUCUACACUGCGGCCGAGCUGCGGCCGCUCAUGGAGAGGCCCCCCCAGGACCCCGCCAGCCCCGGGGCCGACGGAAAAGCCUUCAAGAAGGAUCGCUGGACGCCCGAGGAGACGAAGGAGAAGGAGCGGGGCUAUGAGAAGCAUUGCUUCAACGCCUUCGCCAGCGACCGCAUCUCCCUGCAGCGUGCGCUGGGCCCCGACAGCCGCCCCCCCGAGUGCAUCGAUCAGAAGUUCAAGCGCUGCCCUCCCCUCCCCACCACCAGCGUGGUCAUCGUGUUCCACAACGAGGCCUGGUCCACCCUGCUCCGGACAGUCUACAGCGUCCUGCACUCGUCCCCAGCCCGCCUGCUCCGCGAGGUCAUCCUGGUGGAUGAUGCCAGCACGGACGAGUACCUGAAGGAGGAGCUGGAUCGCUACGUGGAGCAGCUGCAGAUCGUGCGCGUGGUGCGGCAGCGGGAGCGCAAGGGGCUCAUCACGGCACGACUGCUGGGGGCCAGCGUGGCCAGCGGGGAGGUGCUGACCUUCCUGGAUGCCCACUGUGAGUGUUUCCAUGGAUGGCUGGAGCCGCUCCUGUCGCGCAUCGCUGAGGAGCCCACAGCCGUCGUGAGCCCUGACAUCGCCACCAUCGACCUCAACACCUUCGAGUUCUCCAAGCCCGUCCAGAACGGGAAGCAGCACAGCCGGGGCAAUUUCGACUGGAGCUUGACUUUCGGCUGGGAGGUGGUUCCGGCACGGGAGAGGCAGCGCAGGAAGGAUGAGACCUUCCCCAUCAAGUCCCCAACCUUCGCAGGUGGCCUCUUUGCCAUCUCCAGGUCCUACUUUGAGCACAUCGGCUCCUACGACGACCAGAUGGAGAUUUGGGGGGGUGAGAAUGUGGAAAUGUCCUUCAGGGUGUGGCAGUGCGGGGGACAGGUGGAGAUCAUCCCCUGCUCCGUCGUGGGCCACGUGUUCCGCUCCAAGAGCCCCCACACCUUCCCCAAGGGCACACAGGUGAUCUCCCGGAACCAGGUGCGCCUGGCCGAGGUCUGGAUGGACGACUACAAGGAGAUCUUCUACCGCCGCAACCAGCAAGCGUCCCAGAUGGCCAGAGAGAAGACGUUUGGUGACAUCACAGAGCGGCGCAGGCUGCGGGAGCGGCUGCACUGCAGGAACUUCACCUGGUACCUGCAGAACGUCUACCCCGAGAUGUUCGUGCCCGACCUGACCCCGGCGUUCUACGGAGCGGUGAGUGCCGGGACGGCUCCGCCCUGUGCCGGGAACGGCCGGGGGGAGUGCCCGAAGGGUGGGUUUGGGGGCUUUGCAAUGAACCGGGGAGGGGAAGCUGGUGCUGCCACGUCUGUCACCGCUCACUGUGCCUGUCACCUCAUCUGUCACCGGCUGGCGGGGCCAGUUUGGGCUCUGGCUGAGCUGGAAUCCGGCAGAGCUGGUUUGGGGUGAGUCCCGGGGUGGGGAAUCAG